UUGUGAACCUAUUGGGAUUUCCCACGAUAAUCCCAACAAUAUAUGAUAGAGCGUAAUGUGCACGUCGGGGAAUGUGUACGGGGACAAGGAACGCAACCCCGCGCAAUUCGUUAAUUCUCUCGAAUCCGUCACCAAGAACGGGGAGGGUGUCGUCUUCCUCGGAAAGCCACAUGCGCGAUCAGUGUGGGAAGUACUGAAUGCAGGACGGCACGUCAUCGCGAUGGAAGGGAACUCUGAGCUCUUGCAAUUUACAAUUGAUCUCGUCAAAAGCGAGGUCAAUUCGGGUGCCCACAAUUGCGAGUUCAUGGUCGUCACCGAGACUCGGGCUCGCGCGUGGAACAACAAGAAGGACAUGUGGUUCAAGUCGAGUGCGAGGAAGCGGAACAAGAUAUACGACUUCUUGUUCCUGCAAACGUGGCCGAAGAGAGACACUGACGUCGAGUACGUGCGCCACAAGGAUCACAUAUUCACAUUGCUGGACAACUACCACGGCGCCCCCCGCAUGAACGCGAAGACCUUCCUCGACAGGUUGCAGUCCCUGUACUUCGUGGAGUCAGAGGAGGAGUUGACGUUCGACAGUUACUCCUCCUUGAUCUCCACGGAAGACGAGGAGACCACCGGCAUCGAGUUCGACGCGACCGCGGACGAGGAGGGCAGCGACACCGAAAGCCUCGACCUACAGUACGACCCACAUCCCGCACAGCACGCUACAGGGUCGUCCUUGGCAGGUCUGUCAACAAGCCCGGCGUACCUCGUGUCACGGAUGGCGAAACUGGCGCCUGGCACUACCCCGAUGAAGUUCCCGCAGAGACUGCAAGCUCUGGCCUCCGGCCAUCGCUCACUGCGUCCCGGGUCUGACAUCCCGGCCGAUCAUCUGUCUGGGAAGGAUGCCAACAUUCACUUCCUGCCUGAGCCUCAAAGUCGUUCCACCGAGGCGGACUGGGCCCAUGACAUGAUUUGGCAUCCAGGAGUCAUCCAGCCGGCGAUCCAAAAGGGUGAGUGGAUCGUGGCCGUCGCUGUCCUGGACGGAGGAUGGAUGCCCCUCCCUCGCGGGUCGAAGUCUGACUUCCUCGAGGUCGCUAGAAUUGCGGUCCUCCAGAAAGUGAGGGCCGAGAAUGACUCUUUCGCACCCGAAGACGUGUUCGUCAUUUCCACAGCCGGGCGAUUGUUUGCCGAACUUCAGGACAAGUGCUGGUUGGAGCUCAGAGGACUACUACGACCUCAACACGAGCCCCUCGAAGUGAAGGGUGGACUGGAAAAUCCCCCCUCCCAGUGGGACGCAUGUAAGUACAGAGUCCCGGGGACCGGACGGUGGGGAGAACGAGGAGGACGAGGCUGGUGGUGGCAAAGGAGUCCCGCCUGGUUCGGAGGGCAGGUCUCAAGGCGACACAACGACCGCGGAAGCAGCGGCGGGGUGGCGGGGGAGGCCUUCGGGCGUCAGCAGUCUACCGGUCCCGGUCCAGAAGGCUCGGCACAGUCAGCGGACGUGCCCACUUCAUCCGUCGGCUCGGUGAUGGCGGCCUUGGUUGCUCUCCGUGUCGGCUCGGUCGAAACGUUCAAGUCCGCCGGGAUCCGAACUUCAAUGCUUGCAGAGCGGACAAAGAGGACGGACGUGCAGAGCUGGUCAGGAGCGGGGGUGGCGAGUCCUGAUCCCAAAAUAGACAGCGGUGCGGUGAGGGACGGGACUGCGCCGCCUGCGGGGGAUCGCCAACCGCUUCGGUCGGAGCGAGAGGGUACGUGUGGAGGGCCCGGCAACAGGGAGACGACGAAGUUCGCCGGGAUCCGAACUUCUUCAGGCAAGGGGAGCCAACCAGGGAUUGUGGUGCCGGCGGGAGGGGCUGCGUGCGGCGGGCGGGAAGGACAUUCAUCGGAAUUCGACACGGGUUCGGGCGAAGUGGCUGGAUUGCAUGCACGGGAAAAGGGCAGGGUGAUGGACAAAGAGAAGGAAGGGGAGGAAGGAGACACAAGGGAGGAAUUGGAGGAAGGAGGGGAGGAUGGGGAGGAAGAAGAGGAUGAAGGGGAGGAAGAAGAGGAAGGGGAAGAAACGGAGUUGGCUAGGUUGCUAGGAGGGAAGGACGGGGAAAAAGGUGAACUCGAUACUGGAGACGACGAACGGGCGUUCGGCGACGACGAUGACAAAUCUGGGGACUCGUCUGAUGGAUUCGGGCAGCUGUAUGGAGAACAUCGCGAGGAAGACGACGACGGCGAUGACACGGCACUGGGUAUGGAGACACAGGUGGUCACAAGCCUUUCAGGAGAACGUGAUGACUAUGAGGUCGAAGCAAUGACGUCUGCCGCCGAUCUCCAACACCGGUUCAACGAAGCUCGUGUUGCAGUCAGCCUGACUAAACCGAGUGUGCGUAUUGACAUCGAAGAAGUUAUCGACGGUAUCCUGGGCGACCACCACACGUCCUCGCAGCCGUCCUCGACGCCUGGUGUCAACGACCCUCUCGACGUCAAACCUUCUGGGGGAUCUGUUGUGGCUUUCUUGCCGACGAACUCUCUGAUGCUGCAGCCAACCAUCGCAAGCGGAGGAGAAGGGGAGAUCGGGGGACGACAAGAAAAAAAUUGUCGCCAACACUCGAGCUCUCAACGUGCUGGCCUUGCCCGCGCCAACUUCGCCGAUUAAGAAGCGGAAAGACAAACCAGCUGGUAAGCAGUGACAAACGCCACUC